AUGAUAUAUUCCUCUCUCAGUUAUAUACCCCAAAUGUGGAGCCGAAUGUCUGAAAUUCGUCAACUGCUCAACUCCGAACUUCAAACAUUCUCCGAACUUGAAGCAAAAGUUUGGAAGGAACUUAGGGUAGAGGUUCCCCGUACAACGCGCCAGAUUUAUAACUACUGUGAAUGUGAGCACAGUAAUCGCUGCCCACCAGGACCACCAGGAAAACGAGGUGCGGAUGGCAAAGACGGUGCACCGGGUGUGGCUGGUCCAAUAGGACCACGCGGUUAUCCAGGGAUACUCCCUGAAAUGCUUUAUCGUAGAGUGGAUGGUUGUAGGAUUUGCCCCUAUGGGCCCAAAGGAGCCACAGGCAGUCCUGGAAUAAACGGAGUGCAGGGCUCCCCUGGCUAUCCUGGUCAAGAUGGAAGAAAUGGUACGCCUGGAAGCAAGGGACCUGUCGGAGAACCCGGGACACCUGGACAAGCAGGAGAAAGUGGACAAAUUGGUAAGCUAUAA